AUGGAAACUGGAGGAGGCUUUCACGGUUAUCGCAACCUUCCUACUACUACCUCUGGGUUGAAGCUAUCUGUGUCAGAGAUGAACAUGAGAGCAGUAGAAAACAACACAGGAAGCAAUAAUAAUAAUCAUACAGAUGAUAACGAAUGCACUGUGAGGGAGCAAGAUCGGUUCAUGCCAAUAGCAAAUGUGAUUAGGAUAAUGCGCAAGAUCCUACCACCGCACGCUAAAAUCUCUGAUGAUGCAAAAGAAACAAUACAAGAAUGCGUAUCAGAGUACAUCAGCUUCAUCACCGGAGAAGCUAACGAGAGGUGUCAGAGGGAGCAACGGAAGACCAUCACGGCGGAGGACGUUCUUUGGGCAAUGAGUAAGCUUGGCUUUGACGAUUACAUUGAGCCUCUGACGAUGUACCUUCACAGGUACCGUGAGCUUGAAGGUGACCGUACCACCAUGAGAGGAGAGCCACUUGGAAAGAGAACUGUUGACUAUGGAACUCUUGGUGUUGCUACUGCUUCUGCUUUUGUUCCACCGUUUCACAUUGGACAUCACCAUCAUCAUCCUCAUCCCAGUGGUUAUUAUGGUACACCCAUGGGGAAUUACAUUAGAGAUGCACCCAAUGCUAGCUCGUCUCUUCAGCCUCCUUCACUUGCUCAUGCUGAACCAAAUACUCAAUACAAAUGA